AUGAAGCCUGAUAGUUUUACUAUGAGUUGCGUACUCAAGGCCAUGUCGGAAGUGGUGUUGGAUGGACCUCCUUUAGCUAGAAUGGUUCAUUGUUAUGUGAUCAAACAUGGAUUUGAUUCUGAUGUUUUUCUGGGUAAUGGAUUGGUGACUUAUUAUUCGAGGUGCGAUGAUAUUUUGUCGGCGAGGAAUUUGUUUGAUGAAAUGCCCGUGAGGGACUUGGUGUCAUGGAAUUCGAUGAUUUCCGGGUACUCUCAAGGAGGGUUUUUUAAGGAAUGCAAGGAUUUGUACAAGAAAAUGCUGCUUUUGAAAGAUUUGAGACCUAAUGGGAUUACCAUAGUUAGCAUUUUGCAGGCGUGUGCACAGUCUAGUGAUCUUAUUUUGGGGAUGGAAGUGCAUAAAUAUGUGGUUAAGAAUAGGAUUGAAAUAGAUCUUUCUCUUUGUAACUCAUUUAUUGCGUUGUAUGCGAAAUGUGGUAGCUUGGACUAUGCUAGGGAGCUGUUUGAAGAGAUGAGUGAGAAGGACGAGAUUACUUAUGGCACGAUUAUAUCGGGAUACAUGGUUCAUGGCUUUGUUGAUGAAGCUAUGAGGCUUUUCACGGAAAUGAGAAAUCCAGGAUUGAGUACUUGGAAUGCUGUGAUAUCUGGAGCAUUUCAGAACAACCGUUAUGAGAAUGUUGUAAAUUUAGCUCAACAAAUGCAAGAUUCUGGAAGAUUGCUGGAAUUAAUGAGAGGGGAAGGAUACAAAAUGAUAGAUGAAUUUGAUGAGCCCAACCAGCACGUGCUUGACCAAGCUCCAGUAUGCUUCAAUCUUGAGAUCAUUUUGGUCAGUCGAGAUGCUAAGAAAUGCUUCAAGAAGCCCAACCAGCACGUACUCGACCAAGCACCUGUGCUAAGAGAACUAAAACGACGUCUGUAA